GGGAACCAUCAGAGCUGGGGGUUUCUGCGGGGUUCAUCCCUUUGGCCCCUGGGAGAGGCUCAAGGAUUCAGGGUACAACCCCCCCCAAAUAGCUUGUUGGGGUGCUGGUGUGUGCAAGGUCGAGCAGCAUCUGAGCGGCCCCCCCAAAACACCAGCGAUGCCGAGGGGAGAGCCUGGGAGGGCUCACUGGAGAGCAGCCCCCCAAAAUGGGACCUGGCGAGCGGAGACCCCCCGGGGGGACCCAGCAACAGCACCAGCCCCGAGGGGGCCGCGGCAGGACCCCAGCUAGAGCCCCCCGGGGGGGGCACGGCCACCACGGACCCGUCGACGAUGCCGGAGGGGUGCCCGGGGUGCUCCGGGGAGGGCGAUGCCAGCGCCGUGCCCCCCGGGGCCGUGACCUGGCCCGGGGCCGAGGGGACGGUGCCCGUGGCCCUGGGCAGCCCCGAGGAGCCGGGGAGCGGCGAGCGGCCCACGGCGGCCUCCCUGCCCAGCCCGGGGGGCAUCGGGGGGCUCCCGGCCGCCCCGCCCAGCCCCCCCGGCCCCCAGCUCGCCACCGACUCGGCCGAAUCUGAGCUGCUGCCGGCGGCCGGGGGCUCGGCCGCGCCCCAGAGCCCCGUGCUGGGCGAGCCCAGCCCCGUGCCCGCCGCCGGGGGGCACUCGGGGGGUCCCCCGGAGCUCUGGGCGGCCCCGUCCAGCCCGGCCCCGGCGCAGGGGGCUCGCGGCUGGACGGACCUGACGUGGCUGCAGGAGCCCAUCACGGCGGCCACGGGCCCGGCCAAGCCGCCGCCCGCCCGGGCGGGCUCCGACAUCAUCGACGUCGACUACUACGACCUGUUCGAGGGGGGCGACGGACU